AUGCCUGACUCGACGACUAUCGCCACAUAUCUGUUUACUCGAUUGAGGCAACUCGGUGUCGGCGCAAUUCAUGGCGUUCCCGGUGACUACAACUUGGAUCUACUAGACUACGUGAAGCCAUCGGGACUCAUCUGGGUUGGCAAUGCGAAUGAGCUUAACGCGGCUUAUGCGGCAGACGGAUAUGCAAGAAUCAAAGGCCUCGGCGCAGUGAUCACGACAUUCGGUGUCGGCGAGCUUUCUGCGGUGAACGGUAUCGCCGGUGCCUACGCGGAACUUUCCCCUGUUGUGCAUAUCGUUGGAACCCCAUCGAGAGCAUCUCAAGAUGCACGGCUGCUCAUCCACCACACCUUUGCGGAUGGCGAUUAUGGUCGGUUCGCGAAGAUGCAGGAGUACGUCACGGUAGCGCAAACGUCACUAUGGGACUUCCGCACAGCAACUCAGCAAAUCGAUACUGUGUUGCAACAGUGCAUUCUGCACAGCCGCCCUGUUUACAUCCAGAUCCCCAUGGAUCUUGUGGCUUUCAGCGUACCUGCCGGGCAGCUGCAGACUCCUUUGAGCAACGCGGAUUACAAUGAGAGCAUGAUUGGGGAAAGCGACGCCGUAUUACAGAAGAUUCUCCGGAGCAUCUAUAAAACUAAGAGACCAAUCAUCAUUGCCGACGGCGAAUGUAGGCCAUUAGGGAUCAUCAACGACGUCCAGGCUCUCAUUGAUACAACCGGAUGGCCAACCUGGACGACAAACUUUGGCAAAGGACUCUUCAACGAAACGAGAUCAAACUUCCACGGCAUCUACAAGGGAGACUUUUCGGAGCAAUCUGUCAAGGAAGCUAUCGAGGGCGCAGAUUUAGUCCUCUUCUUUGGACCACACUUGAGUUCGAGCAACACGUAUGGCUUUACCACUUUCUCGAAUUUCCAGUCCUGCAUCUUCAUCAAAGGAACCAAGGUGGAACUGGGCUCUGAAGUAUUUCACGACGUCUCAGCGUCGUUUGUCACAUCUGGGCUGAUCCGCGACAUCGACUUCAAGAGGAUUGCCAAGUAUAAUCCGUAUCCUCUCCUUCACCGAGACUCCCACUUGCCUUUGGAUACACUGGCGGGGAACUCGGGGCCAAUAUACCAGGACAAGCUGUGGCGCUCUCUUGCCAACAUUAUUAGGCCUGGCGACAUAGUACUUGGAGAGACUGGCACUGCGGGCUAUGGGGUACGGGAUAUUCACUUGCCACCGCAUACGAGACUAUUCACGCCUGCUACUUGGCUUUCCAUUGGCUUUAUGCUACCGGCUGCCCAGGGCGCAGCACUUGCACAGCGUGAAAUAGUCGCAGAGUCGAAGUAUCAUGGUCUGCAACAAGGCCAAGCUCGUGCGAUACUCUUCAUCGGCGAUGGGAGCUUCCAGAUGACGGCUCAGGAGCUAGCAACUAUCAUACGCCACAAUCUUGAUGUUGUUAUAUUCUUGAUCAACAACGAUGGGUACACCAUUGAGAGAUGUAUUCAUGGGCGCGAACAGGAGUAUAACGACAUAUCUACCUGGCGGUAUCUCCAGGCCCCUUACUUCUUUGGUGGAAGUCAAGAGACCUAUACCGCUGCUUGCAGGACUUGGGCGGAAUUGAAUGAGGUUCUGGGUAGUGAACAGCUGAGUUUCGGCAGAGGACUCAAAAUGAUCGAGGUUUUCAUGGGACGUGAAGAUGCACCAAAGGGGCCACUUUUACGGUAUUUAGAAACACAGAGGGAAAAGGAGACAUGCCAUGAGGUCGAUGGGGGAAGGAAUUUAAGAAGCGAUCAUUCUCAAGAUUCAUAG